CUUUUGAAUUGUCGCUAAAACCUUGAUAUUAUUAAAUAUUAGUGCUCAAUAAAAUAUGAUUGCCGCCCCGUGGCUUUCGAAAGGCCGCCAUAUUGUAUUAGGAUGGUUUUAUUGAUUCUCGAAGAUUCUGGAAAACAGACAUUACCUCCUCCACCUGUUAUGUGGGCACAAAGGAGUGAUAUACUCUUCAUUACUAUAUGCUUAGAGGAUUGUAAAGAUCCCGUUUUAAAGAUUGAGCCAGAAAUGUUACAUUUCAAGGGUAUGGGUGGGACAGAAAAAAAAAUGCAUGAGGUUACAAUUAAUUUAUAUAAAGAGAUCAAUCCUGACAAGAUAAUGAAGAAUUUAGGAGGUAGAACUAUAGAAUUAGUCCUCUUUAAAAAAGAGGAAGGGCCAUAUUGGCCAAGAUUAACCAAGGAAAAAACAAAGGCUCAUUGGUUGAAAAGUGAUUUCAACAAAUGGAAGGAUGAAGACGAUAGUGAUGAGGAGGGUGACUUUGAAGGUGGCAGCCAUGAAUUAGAAGAAAUGAUGCGACACAUGGGUGGCUUGGGUGGUUCAGGGGAUAGUAAGCCUAACUUCGAUGAUUUGGCAGAUGAGGUGGAUGAAAUGGACAGUGAUGAUGAAGAUAUACCUGAUUUGGAAUGAAGACCUUUUUAAUAAUGCAGCAAAUUAAUCCUCUUAAAAGAAAUGACCUAUGAAUAGUGCACCGUCGAGAGAUACUUCAGUAGGCCAUGUGCUGUUUGUAUUUUCAAUUACAAAUCAUUUUUACAAAUUUGCUGAUGGCCGAUGUAGUAGCAAACAACCAAGUUGUGCGGUGUGCUAAACAAAUUUGAAAGAUAAUUGCAGAAGUUGGCAUAUGAACAGUAAUACAGUAUCAAAGGAUUCUUAAUCCCUUUUUAGUCUGUAGUUCAUACAAUAAGUUAAUGGACAAGCUUUUUUAAUGAAUUGUGUAAAAUAUCAAGAAGGUAAAAUAAUGAUAACUACUUAAAUUGUCUGAAGAAUUGUUUAUUUCAGUACAGCCCAUUAAUAUAUCAAAGCUAAAUAGUUAUUAAAAAUAAAUAAAAGGUAAAUAAUGAUUAAAACAGAUCGAUGGAAAGCAUGUUUUCUUUCCUUAUAAAUUUUGAUUAGCCUUUUCCUAAAUUUACGCAAAAUUUCUAUAUAAAUAUAUAAAAUUGAUUACAAUUAAAAAUAUUACAUAUUAAAAUAUGUAUAAUAUUUUAUGUGAUUAAAAAGGGACAUUGAAACAUACAAUUUAAGAAAGAAUGAUAUAUUCCUUGCAAUUUAAUUAAAAUACUUAACCAACGAUACUAGAAGCACCACGUAAUGCUAAAUAUCCGGCAGUAAUAUCCAUUGGCAGACUGCGAACUGUGGCAAAUUCUUCAGCAGUUGCAUAAUAUAACUUAGUUUGUGGAUCUGUAUACCGUGCCUGUGCAAAUAAAUGUGAUUAACAUCUGUGUUCUUAUCUUAAUAAUAUAAUUAACACAUUGUACGAAACUGGAUUCUUUAAAAUAUUAAUUUUUUAAAUAAUGCACUUAACUGAUAAAAUAUUUCAUAAUUGAACAAUCAAAAGUAAAAUAUUUUUCGUAUACUACUUACAGGCAGACCAGAUAUAUCAGAAUACUUCUUUGCAGGUUUAAAACUUGGCGGUGCAUUGAUAGCACUAUCUGGAAUUUACAUUAAUGUAGAAUUAAUAACAUUGAUAAACUAGCCAGUGGUAAAAAUUUAUUUCAUUUAUAAUAUGGUUCGGAUGUUCUGACAAAAUUUUGCAUUGUUUCUAUAAAAAUGUUUUGCGCUCGCUAGAGAAUAUUAAUAAAAUCGUUUACUCUUAACA